GAUUUCUUGAUUGAAUAAUGACCCGAUGCUUGUAUUAUUUGAUCUUUUGUCGCGAUGAAUUCAAAUUGGCGAGCCCGGCAUCAUCCUAGUGUCGGGUACCUUGCAUUAACCCACCCGGUCAAUCGGAUUUGAUAUUGACAUAAUCCUAUUUGUAAAGGGGGCGACCGGUGGUUUUCUAGUUGAUCUCUUGGCUACACCUAUCGAUAUGAGACACUUGAUUUUAAAAGGGUAUUAUAUUAGAUUGUAUUCAUUAAUUUGAAGUGUACUAGAAGGAUGCCAUCGCGAAUGCCACGAUAUGUACCUAGCCCAACUCCCACUAGCUCGCAGUUCAGCUGGGGCUGAACUGGGACCGGGAUGGUCAAUUUUCAUCUAACCUCUGUGUUUAUUCUCCCAAGCUAUUUCAUAACUUUGGUUUUUCAGUCAGCAAGUCCGUUCUCUAUUAACAGAGAGACAUAAUGUCUUCGAACAAUUCAGGUUACUCGGCAACGGAUAUCAUCACCUUCAUCGGUGUGCCCCUAGCCGUCCUAGGUGUACUCCCCAUUUUAUACAACACCGUCGCGACACUAGCCGCCUUAUCAAAAAUAAAGCGCAUGCUCAGACAUGGUCGACUCACUGCGUUAACGCGUAGCGACGUGGUAAACCGCGUUAUCGAAGUGGAACUUCCUCGCUACGCCGUCACACCAUGUGAUCGUUUCACUGAUAUAGAGCUAUAUUGGCAACCCUCAAGACAGCCAAGCUCAAUCCCCGGUGGUUCAUGGACUACCUUCAACUGGCAAUCUCGCGCUAUCGGUGCCAAGACUCAGCGAGUCGAGUAUGCCGAUCAGCUUCGUCAACCCCAGGUCGAUGUCGCAUUCGAUGAGCUUGUAGCUUAUCUUCUUGAUUUGGGAGCUGUUCCGGACGCUCAUGGUUGGAAAUUACUGCGCUCGACUGGAUUGUGGACUCCAAUGGGUUGUUCACUAAUGAAAUCCCCCGAUGGAUACCAUGAAGCUCUGACUAUCGCUCCUUUGGAUGAUUCUGACGGGCACCUCUCACUGAAAGCUAAUUGGUCACCGCAUUGGACGACACGGGAUACCAAUUCCCUACCUCCGUAUUGGAUUAGGCUCCCACCACUACCAAUACCAGAACCAGUGAAAAAAGAUGAAACUGCCGAUCCUGUAGAAGGAGCAUCUGAAUCCCAAGAUGGCCAACAGCCAGAGGUUAUAGAAAAGACUAAAGAGAGGGAGGGAGGUAGCGUACGAAAGGAAUCUCUGGACUCGAUCCAGAAGCAAGCCGAGAAGGUCGCAAGGACCACCAUAACUUGUCAAAUAUCUGUCGACGGUCUAGUCGCCGCAAUGAGCCAAGAGGAGGGGUCCCUAUUCUCAUCUGCAAAUGUCCAAAGCCUUUACAUAGAGCCACUACGAAUCCGCUUAGGGAAAUCCGACGGUGUAUGGUUCGCGAGCGUGGCCACGGCAUACGGAACAACCAGUCAGACUGUACUAUGGAACUACAAAAUCCCUGAUGAGAUCCUCAACUUCGCCCGGCGCGAUACGGUUCCAUGUGGUGUCCUUGUUCUUUUAGGCGUGAUAGACGAUUCCCAGACUCCGGAAUGGGCUACAAAUUACGAUUUCAGCGGGGAAGCACAUGAACAAUUCGUAAGACGCAGCACAGAGCGACGUCUAGCGAUGGCGUCUGAGGCUAGGAUGACGCCUCCCCAAAGAGAGAUCGCGGCCCGUGAGCGAAUGCAAAGGGAGAGCAACCAAAGGAUGCAAGAUAUGCGCGAUCAAUCGCGACUUCAGAGCCAACGCCGAGAAGCUCGCACAUCUGAGGCUUUGCAGAGCCCGAAAUGGGAUAGCAUGCUUGUUGCUGAGCAUAACUUACGCUGGCUUAAGGGUAGAGUUGAUAGCAGUAUGAAAAUUGACCCCGCAUUGAUGAUUAGGGAUGUUGUUGGGAUGUUAUUACACCGUAUGGUCCUUGAUGGCCAAUUUGCCUCUUCAAUAUGCAGGAUGCUGGAUUUGUGGAAGGCUUGGGCGGAUAAUGGGGGCAUGAGAAGAUCUGAUUUGAUUGCCCUCGAAGAUGACCAGGAAACCUUCGCCCUUGCUAGCCUUCUAGUUGCGUUGAUUAGGGAUACUGCGACUGCCCAUGAAGGUACGCUGUCGUUGGACUUGCAGGAGUGUUUACGAAUGUGGAAGAUUGUGCGGUUGGGGUAACCAACACUUAUAAUCGUUCUACAAUUAUGCCUGACUAAUUCGAGCAUAUCGAAAAAGUUUCGCCUAUGAGAUCAUACUUAAUGUUGCGUUUAUGGUGAAGGGGGCGGUAACACGUUAGCCCUAUCUGCGGGUGAGAUACUC